GAUCAGCAGGGAGAGCUGGUGGAUGACAGAGGUGAUGCUGGGUCUGAGCACAGCCAGGGGACAGCCACCCCUUCCCAGCAGGGACAAUGGCAAGAACCAGAGACUUCGGCAGAGAGGCAGAGCCAGUGGUUGGCAGAUAGCAAAGAGGAAACAGCAGCAGCAAAAUGUAUCCAGCCAUGCCUUGAGGAGCUGCUGAGCAUAUCUGACUUGGAGUGCUCUCUCUGUAUACGGAUGUUCUUUGAGCCAGUGACAACGCCAUGUGGUCACACCUUCUGCAAAGAGUGCCUUGAACGCUGCCUGGACCACAGACCCAACUGCCCCCUCUGCAAACAGAGCCUGAGAGAGUACCUGAAGGCUGGAAGAUACAGCCCCACUGUGCUGCUGCAGGACAUCAUGCUGGCCACCUUCCCUGCACAGCUGGCUGAGCGCCGGGAGCUGCACCAGGCUGAGAUGGCAGAGCUCUCCAACCUGACCAAGAACAUCCCCAUCUUCGUGUGCACAAUGUCCUUCCCAGGCAUUGCCUGCCCUCUGCACGUCUUUGAGCCUCGUUAUCGCCUCAUGAUCCGGCGGUGCCAGGAGACCGGCACGAGGAGGUUCGGCAUGUGCAUAUAUGAGAAUGGGAAAAGUUUUGCUGACUAUGGCUGCAUGCUGGAGAUCAGACAGAUUGAGCUGCUGGCGGACGGGAGGUCCUUGGUGGACACCGUUGGCCGGCAGCGGUUUCGGGUGCUGAGCCGUGGCCACAGGGAUGGUUACCACACUGCUGACAUCGAGUACCUGGAGGACAAGAAGGUAGCUGGGGAGGAGCUGCAGGAGCUGCAGUGCCUGCAUGAAAACACUUACCGCCUGGCUCAGCAGUUCUGUGAGCACGGAGACCUCACCUCCAGGCACAUUUUGAUGCAGCAUGGACCACUGCCAGAGAAGGAAGAGGACAUCCAGGCUUCGGCAGAUGGCCCAACCUGGUGCUGGUGGCUCAUCUCCAUCCUGCCCCUCGAUCCGUCUUACCAGCUGAACCUCUUCUCCUCCACCUCGCUGCGUGCCCGUCUCACCCAGCUGCAGCGCAUCCUCUCUGCCUUGCUGCAGCAGCCUCCCACCAGGGCCCUGCUGCCUGAGAGCAGCCCCCGGGGCCAUGUCUGA